AUGGCGGCGCGGUGAGGGAGCGCGGUGGCGGGCGGGCGUGCGGCGCCGCCGCCAUGCCCGGUACCCGGCGGCAGGCGCCCGCCGCCCUGCGGAGGCGGAGGGGCGGCGGCGGCGGCGAGGAGAAGCAAGGGCGGCGGCGGCCCGAGGGGCGGCCCGCGGAGGAGGAAGAGGAGGACGCGGCGGGCGGCGCGGCAGAGCCAUGCUUGCAUAAGACUCCAAAGAGAUCACUGAGUAGGAAAUCGCAGAUGCCUACUUUCAGCUCUCCUGUUAAUGACACUGAUAUACAGCAAGAAAUCUUUUGGGAUCCUCAUUCACCAAUUGCAUGCAGACUCGGUAAUGAAAAAAAGAAACAGAUUACCAGUAGAUGCGCUGUAGAAAUUUCAGAAAUUGUUAAUCGUAUUGCUCCUCAGGAUGAAAAAGCGGCUUACAGUGGAGGAUCCCUUUUAGGGACAUGGAUUGGUGAGGAUGCCAUUCCCUGUACACCUGGAGUAGUCAAGCUGCGAGCUAGGACAAAGUUAAGUUGUACAAGAGAUCUUAAAAUAAAAAAUCCUGAAGAGGAGCUCAUGAAAUUGGCUAAGGAAUUUGAUAAAAAUCUAGUGGAGUUAGAUGCUGUUCAAGAACAAGAGAAGCUUUGUCAAGACUUUAUCCAGACUGCCUCAGAGACUUUAAGUAAUUGUGAAGAUGAAGUACAGAUGAAGAACCUGAAAUCAGUCCUUGAUGAAGUUUCUGAAACAGAUGCUGCUCUGUCCCUGAAACCACUGGGAGAGAGCACUGGCAUCCCUGCUGCAGAGCACUGUCAAUCUAGUCAAAAGUCGAUAGACCUUGAAGCUGAAAUAGCCCUUCAUGCUCUUUUUGAUUGCUCUACCCAGAAAUGCAGCCAAGGAUUGUCAGGUAUUUCUUUAAAUAAUGGUUUCCAGGAAAACAAAAGCACCUUGGAGGAGGAGCACCUUCCUGAGCCAAUUAAAAACAUGCAAUGUGUUACUUCUGAGACAUGUCAAAAAGAUACUCCAUGUUUACUAGGAAGCACAAACCAGACUUUUCCAAAAACUCAUACCUUUAUGUUGACAAAACAAAGUCCUUCUUUGAAGAAAAAACUGGUGGUCUGCAGUAAGCUUGCUGAUGUAGUUACUGAUGAUUUUGAUGACUGGGAUACAGAUUUUUUGGCAGAUGACUCUUUUGUGAUGCAAAUAACCCAAAAUCCCGAACUGAUAAAUACUGAAGAGUCUUCACCAAUUCCUACAAAUCCAUCUGUGCAGGGUUUCAGUGACGCUAACAGAACAAAGGAAAAAAGUAGUUGCAAUUCAGCAAUGUGUUUGGGGAGUUUACACAAACCUAACAAUUUGCAGUAUUCACCUUUAAAACAGUCUAGUAAAAACACAGAAAAUGUUACACAAUCUCUUUCUUUACAAAAGCCAUAUAAUAGGACAGAAAAGUCAAAGACACAGGCCAUUUCCUUCCAUAGCAAAUGUGACAUUAAGCCAGACAAAAUAAAUGCUACUUGGAAAGGUGCCCAAAACAAUGAUAAUAACUAUAAUCUUGUUCCAAGACAAUCUCACAUGAAGAAUGGAAGUGAAACUAUUCAACCUAAAAGUAACUCUGUUCCUCUUUUUCCUUCAAGAUCUAAUACUCAUAGACCACAGACUGAAAAACCUGGGAAUAGCGCACUUAGUAUUUCCUGUCAAUCGUCCAGUGUUUCUACCAAUACGAAACCUAAUGAUCUGACUAAAUUGGUCAGCCAGGCUAAUACAGGUUACUUAAACCAAGCUGAAAUACCAAAGAAAGGUCCUCUAUCGUUUGACUGGAAUGAACCGAAGUUUUCCGAUGAAGUUCUAGAUAUGUUUUGUGACUCUGAUAGUCUUUGGGAUGCAAACUGUGAGGAUGAUGAAUUGUUGUAUCAGGUAUGUGAUGAUAUAGAAAAGCAGACUCAGAGCCAGGAUGUUAAACAAGGAAAUGAAAGAGCUAAAACUACACAAGGAGCCAGUAUUAAUUCCCGGUCAAAUGCUGAUAACAGCUUCACAGCAUAUAAACAAGGGCCAUCCCAUUGCCUCUUUGCUCAAAAAAUGAAUGUAAUGCAGGACACACUUUCAGUAAACCUCUCUUGUAGAAACUCCUCAAAGGUUACACAGGGAUUGACUACAACAGGUCACACAGUGAACUGCAAAAAUGGCUCAGGUCCAAUAACUGUGAUCUCAGGCACUCCUGUGGAGUGUAAAUACACACUCUCUAAAAACUGUCAUCAAGCUGCUUCUGAAGAUGGUACAAAGACCAUUUCAGGAAAGUGGUACAGAUCAAAUUCUGUGCCAGCAGGAAAGACUGGUUCUGAAGAAAGUCCUGUUAAUGCAAUAAACGCUUUUAGUAGCAAAACAUUAGACAACCAGGGCCUUUCGUGUAACGUGGGAAAGAUGCUACAUAACAGUUCUGGUAACAAAACGUCACUUAUGCCUUCAAAGUUUAAGUUCCGAAAGACUAACAGUUCUGAAGUCACUCUUCACAUAGCGUCUGAAAAUCCAGAGAGCCAUUCUGGCAUUGGAAUUACACUGCAGGGUGUGGAAGAGUGCAAGAAUCAGUUGAACAUGACUUUGCACAGCAAGCUUGAAAACAAGAAACUGCCUUUCAAGAGACACCUCUCAGAAUCUUUUGCACUGCCUACAUCAGUGUCUGUGGUAGAACAGAAAAACAGAAAAUGUUCUCAAGAAGAAAUUGAAAGGAAGAAACAAGAAGCUCUUGCACGAAGAAAAUCCAGAAUGCAGGCAUCCUUAAAAGAUGCUUGAAUUCACUAGAGUAUAUUCUGCCUGUGGAAUAAGUUUUGAGGAGUCAACCAUUGCAAUACUGGAAGACAUUCCUUAAACUGUUCCCAGCUACUCACAGCAAGCUUUUCCUAAGCUGAAGUAAAAAAUCUCCAUCCUGAAUGAUAACUAAUACUUCAGUGAUUUUUAGUCUCUAUUAAAAACAUAGUUCCAAGCUAUCCUCAGUGCAAUGAAGUUUAAGAUUGCAUUCAGUUCGCAUACCAUUAUGCAUUGAAGCUGUACAGUUAAAACAUCCUCAGAGCAAGAAAGUAUUUGUAUAUACACAGAAGUAGACUUCAAAAUUGGAUUACAUGUGUUUUGGUUGUAUUUCUCUUUCUGGGAGUCCUUUAAUCUAGACAAAGACUCUUAAGCACACGUAAAUAGCUUAAUAUAAAAGAUUAGACUAAGAAAUGCUAAGUUUUGCUCUCAAGUAGACAAAAGUAUAAAGUUUGAAAAAAGGUACAACCAAAAAAACAUCCGACAUCAGAAAAAAUAAUGGAAAUACACAGGACAUGGAAAGCUUGCUUAAUUUGUGUUCGUUAUUUAGGGAAAGAAUUAUACGUGAUGAAGGAGGAACUUCAUACAAAAGCAUUAUAAAGUGAAAGAGCAUCAGGAAAAGAACUUUUUUUAUUUUUUAUUUUUUUUUUAAUCUCCAGAAAGAGUUGGAAAUACUAUAGCUAACAAAUUUGGACAACCUUUUCCUAAAUGCUAUUACCAGGCUUACUAAAAGGGCAGGCUAUGUCACUUUACCAAAUCAUAAGCAAAUAUACUAGGGGAAAUUCUCAACAGCUAUCAAUCAGUUUAGCCUUGUAAGUUAUAUGUACCUUUCAAACAAAGGUCCGUUAAAACAAAAAUGCAAUGUGAUGUCAGUUUAACUGCAGCUGCUAAAGUAGAAUUUUUGAUGCAAUAGUUGGUAGAAGAGCUCAAACUGUAAAAACUGCCUGUGGGUAAGCUGGAAGCUAUUUCACAACUGAUGAACGCUUCUAUGUAAACAUGUGACAUUAUGAAAAGUGACUGUAAUUUAGCUUUGUAAAUAAAUAACUUUGAGAUGUACCAAAAGGUUAGAGGAAGCCUUUGGUUGCUAUGGGAUGUGCCUUUUUUGUAACUCUUGCAAUUGUAAAUACUGUAUAUUUGUAAAUCAUCAUUAAACUUCUUUUAAUGUUU